GCUUUCGUCCACGCUCUGACUUCAGCAAUAACCGUGUACAAGAUCACUGAGGCUUGCUACAAUAAUGACCUGGGGACCUACUGCGGAAGAGACCACUACCAGGGGACCAUUAACGGACACAGUGUCAUAAGCCCUUAUAACAUCACCGUGGGGAAGAGAUUUGCACAGAGAUUUCUAGACGACCGACCUCUACAGGUCCUUACCAAUCAGAGCAGCAGCGAUUGGGAAAAGAUACAAGCACAGCUUCAAAUUCAUAACAACGGUGCCGGAAGACAAGUUGUCCACGACAACAGACAGACGACGUGCAUUUGCUCCGGAGUGUCUGGAUCGUGUACGGUGAAGACCUGCACAACCCACAUGCCGUCGAUAUUCGAAAUCGGAGACAUCAUGAAGACGAAACAGGAAGAAGCACUAAAAGUCGUAACCGUGUACGAAGGAUCGAGAAUAAAGCUCCUGCUGGAGCAACGAACGCGAGAAGGCGAGGGGGAACCCCCGGCAACGGAACUUAUUUACAUGGCCACGCCUAGCAAC